UCUGUUGUACGCGGCCUUUUUGGACUAUCGAUUAGCUCGUUUUGUAAACAGAAACAGAAAAGCCUUUGCUACAAAACCCCAAAAGUCUUCUAAUUUAAGGAAUUUUCAAUCAAAAUGUCACCUCUUAUACCACUGCGAGAUCCCAUGGAGGAUUAUAACAUCAAGCGCUUUUACAAUUGUGUGUGUGCCCAAACUUUUUCGACCUCGGGUAAAUUUUUGUUUGCCGGCAAUAGAUCAGGAGAUAUUUUUGUGCAAAGUAUUGCUAAUUUCCAAAACGCCGAGGAAGCCCGUGAACCAUUAAAAAUCUACUCCCAAGGAGAAGAAUUGGAAAUCAAUAGUUUGAGCUUUCAUCGUGGCUUUUUGAUAGUGGGUUCUAUUGGUGUGGUCUAUGGCCUUAAGUGGGUAGAAGAAAGGGCUGAAUUGGCCACACAACGUGCUUGGGAAAUCAAAAUACCUCUGGAUGUUGAGGCCAUAGAAGUUCCCGAUGUCAACUGUAUGUGGCUGCGUCCCGAAACUGAUUCCCUGUAUGUGGGUUGUGGUGACAAUGUUGUCUACGAACUAGACUUGGAAGAUGGUCGCAUUGUACGCAAUUAUAAGGGCCAUGAAGAUUACAUACAUGGUGUAUGCGGUUCUGGUUUGGAUAAAUUGUACUCAGCCUCUGAAGAUGGUUCUGUACGCAUGUGGGUCACCAACCAAAAAGAAUCCACCGCACUUAUAGAGCCCCAUAGAAAAGAGAAUUUGGUGCGGCCAGAAAUGGGUAAAUGGCAAGGAGCGGUUGCCGCCAAUGAUGAUUGGCUGCUAUGUGGUGGAGGGCCCAAACUAUCUAUUUGGCAUUUACGUUCCAUGGAGUGCACAAGUGAUUUUCCCUUUCCGGGCAAAGUGCAUGUUUGUGAUUUUGUAGAAGAUAUGGUAUUUGUGGGAGGUGAACAUGCAAACGCUCAAUUCUAUGCUUUGAAUGGCAAGCUGAGAGCUGAUAUUAAGACUGAGAAUACCGCUGUUUACUCGGCUGUGUGGAAUACCGAUCCGGAGCGUUUUAUGUCCAUUGCUGGCUUUAGUAAUUGGCUAUCAAUAUUAAAUGACUUUCGCUUUUUGGAUAGCAAAAUAGAAUUGUAUCAAAGUAAGGACAAUGAAAAUGGAACAAAAAACAUGGAAAAUGAUAUGUGAACCAGAAAUAAACGACUCGGAAAGAAAUGAAACGAGAAAUAAUGA